GAGAUUCAGUAACCUCUGACCUUCAGUGGGGUCAAUCAUAUGCAAAUAGGCAUCCUUGGAAGCAGCUUGAGUGGUGUUGGUGGUACCUUCCAUGUUGGCCCUGGAUUGUAGCAUUUCAGAGCAGGUUUAGGUUUCCUUGCCUCUUCCUGUAUGGACUCCAGUGUCUAAUUGGGGGUUUGCAGAGGACCUCUUUGACCUAUAGAGGUUGAGACAUCUGCUGAGCUACCACCAGACUAAGGAAGGGCAACUUACCAAUCAGGUAGAGAUUCAGACUGCGAGAGUGUCCAUGAGAAAUGUCCUAGAACCCAUGCCUACAACUGAUCUGCUACAUGUGUCGGCUGUAGUUCCUGUUGGUGCCUGGUGUUGCUGACACAUGAACAGGAGAUGUCCUCCCCGAUCAGCAAACCUGACAAAGUCAGGUAUGUCUGUGAUGAGUGCCAGAUGACAUGCAUUUCAGAGUACCACCUCAACAAGCACAAGAGUUCGCACUAUGACUGGAAACAGUGCUACGAGUGUAACCUCUGCAACUACUCCACUUUGUCCCUAAACCAGAUCAAGAUACAUGCCCUGAAACAUGUCAAGUCAGAACAACACACCAACGAGGGGGAUAGAGACACGCCAGCUUGCAAUGGCACACAGGAGGUAGGAGAUGGGCAUAACAGCAAGAUGUCAACACAAAGUAACACUUCUGGCCAGCAAAUGGACUAUAAUGCUCCAGAUGUUUUCCCAGUAAACAAUGACAAAGAAGUAGGGGUUGAUUUAGGUUCAAAUUGUAACUCGCCAUGUUUACCAAAUGGAGCAAUGGUAGAAAGCAGCAGGCAGGUAAAUAUGGAUGGUUUUGGUUCAGAUGUGGAGAUCCUCUCUGUCCAAGGCAGUGAGGCAGAUCCCGCAAUCCCAGUGAUUGUCUUAGAGUCUGACACAGAUGAAGAAUCCAGUACACUGCCAGAACACGCUGGGCAAACAAAUGAAGAGAAACCCAUUUCAGAUGGUGUCAGAAGUGAGAUGACUGAAAAUGACGAGCAGGUGACAGAGGACCAAGAAGAGAAACCAUCAGAAGAAACCCAAGAUACAGUGUUUAGCUGCUCCAAUUGUUCGUUCACUACCCCAGAACUUAACCUACUGCUGAAACACCGGGAAAUACACUUGAACAACAAAUGCUACAGAUGUGACAAGUGCAGCUUCAUUGCAGUUCAAGAAAAGUACUUGCUCAUCCACCAGCAAAAACAGCAUGCAGCUGCAGGUAGCAGUAAAGAUCAGUGUGACCACUGCCCCUUUUCAACAAAGGACCCAGAAGCAAUGAAGAAGCAUGGGAAGUUCCAUGGUGCAAAUCUGCCACUGAAGUGCCCUUUGUGUACAUUUGCCUGCUCAUCACAUUUACAGCUUAGUUUGCACCUCAAGCUGCACGUGAAGAUUGAAACUUUGCCUGUGGCAAACUGCCACACUGCUGCUCCUACCAGUGGUAGAGACUCUGAUAUUUCUGUCGCUCCAAGCAGUAGCAUUGGAAAUGCAAGUGACAACGAUAGAGAGUUGCCCAUGUCAAGCAAUUGUGAGACAGCAAAGGAAACUGCCACUUCACUUGACGUUAGUGACCUGGCAAUGGAGGAACAGGCGAAAGACCAAAGUACCCCUUCAACUCCAAGCCAGUCAGCGGAGAAAAGAACAUUUAAUUGUGAAGAAUGUGGGUUCAGUACUUACCGCAGGGAGACCUUGCGAACCCAUAUGAGAAUCCACAGUGGCGAGAAGCCAUACGCCUGCAGUUUCUGUCCCUACAGAGCCAGGCAGAAGCCAAACCUAAACACACACAUGCAGUUUCACAAGGUUAGGUCCAAGUUCACCUGCAAAUACUGCUCAUAUUCCACUAGCAAUAAGGCAAGCACACGUUUACAUGAAACCUUGCAUGAAAGCCUAAAAUAUGAAAAUAAAAAUCUAGGUACUCCUGAAAAAGAAGAUUACAGUGAGCACUCUGAUAGCCCAGAGAAGAGCCCUCGGAGCAAGGUAACGAGGGAUAGAAAAGGGCUGUUCCGGUGUAAGCACUGCUCGUUUCACACCAGGCAUUCCACCAGCAUUCAGCGUCACCUCAAGAUCCAUGAGGGCAGUAAACCCUUCAAAUGUAAGCGCUGCUCCUACAGGGCUAUCACCCUCUUCCAGAUCCAGGGGCAUGAGAAACACCAUGACGAGACACUUCCCUUUAAGUGCAGGUGGUGCCACUACUUUGCUGAGACCCAGGCUGGUGUGGGCAUCCAUGAGCAACGUGUGCAUGAGGAGUAUCUGCAGGUGAUCCCAAAGAAACAGAAAAAUCUACCUUUGGAUCUUUCAAUGAAGAGCCCUGAGAAAAGCAUGUCUCUGAACUCAUCAAGUUCAUCGGAAGUGGAGGAACUUCCUGUCAAGAUAGAGACGAUAGAGGCUGCUAUUGAAGAGGUUGAUGAAAAUGGCAAGGCCAGAUACAAGUGCAAAAGCUGCUCUUUUAAGACUGCUUGGAGGGAGAACUACUAUCGACACUGUAGGAUCCAUACUGGAGAGAAGCCCUUCCACUGCCGACAUUGUCCGUACCAGGCCAGGGGAAACAUGGCAUGGUACAGGCACAUGAAGCAUCACACUGCCAACUACCCUUUCAAGUGCCCUUUGUGUACCUACACAAGCCUCAGUCAGGCAGCAGUCACUUCUCAUCAAAAUAAGGUGCAUGACUGUAAGAUUGACAACAAGAGUAACAAGUCAUCAUCUCAGAAAGUUGCUGGCAGCAAGGUCUCUGGCCAGCCAUUGAAGGUGCCCGGAAGGCUGCGUUGUCCAUUGUGCCAGUUCACCACUGCCAGUGAGACACUCUUAAAGCUGCACAAGGCCAAGCACAUGUCCUCGGGGAAGACAUACAAGUGUAAAGAUUGCAAAUACACCACCCAUCUUCUGCCCAGCCUUCUGAAGCAUGCUGCUAUCCACACCUCAGGAAAGUCAUACCAGUGCAGGUACUGCCCAUAUGUAACCAUGUACAAGGCUCAUCUAGACAGACACGAGGAACACCAUACUAAGAGCACUCCAUCUAAGUUUAGGUGUGAACAGUGCACAUACUCAGCAGGGAAUCUGCUGGGCUUGUCUGAGCACCUCAAAUGGCAUGGGGGACCACAGCAAGUCAAGCAUCCCGAUGGAGUGGUGGACAUUGGCAUGGAGCAAACAGACUACCUUGAAGAGGAAGAACAUACUGAGAUGAUGGAGUUCCCAGAGGCCAGUUCAACGUCAAAACAUUCUGUUGACCGAGACCAGGAUCCCGUGAGUAGGGGUAGUCCAGCAAAGAUGUAUGAGUGUCACAGCUGUGAUUACCAGUCCAAGGACUUGUGUGCCCUGAAGAGGCAUUUACGCACACAUACAGGGGAGAGGCCUUUCCAGUGCCAGCACUGUCCAUACAGUGCCAGGCAAGUCACCAACAUGAACCGGCAUACCUACCAGCAUUUUGCAAAUCUUCCCCACAAAUGCCCACAUUGCUCUUACUCUGUCCGAAACACAUCAGCUCUUGCAAAGCAUAUUAAAUGGCAUUUGCCUGACACACAGGACGGUCUAGUCCCAGGACGUGAUGAAAAAGGGGCCAGUUCUGCACCAUCUGGCAGUCAUAUCUCACCAAGAAUAAAGAUCGAGAGGAGCCCCUCUGGUUCUGGGAGGAAGAGGAACCUUAACCGCAUUCACCGGUGCAAAUGGUGCCCCUACACGACAUGCUACCUCCACAACCUGCAUCGGCACAAGACCCACCACGGGGCUGGCUUCCUGUACAAGUGUGAUCUCUGCAGCUACUCUGCCAGGAACACCACUGGGCUCCAGAACCACGUAGAGCUCCACCAGAGGGCAGCUAACGGCCCCUCCAUCUCAGAGCAGCAUGCAAUUUAUCAGGGCAGCAAUGGAGGAGAAGGUGGAGGCAUCCCAGAAAGCCUGCAUGCCAAUAAUCCGAACUGGACAGAAGGAGCCAGUGCUCAGGCAGCCAACAACAGUGACGAUAUUAACAUGAAUGCCCAACAACGUUCACACUUUGAAUGUGGCACAUGUGGAUACAUGACCACUAGUCAGGAAAGGCUGUCAAAGCACAUGAUCACCCACACAAGUCGCAGAACUCAAUCCUGUGACAUAUGCCCAUACAAGACCCGUCAGUCCAGAACAUUAUGGAAGCACAUGAAACACCACACAGUACAGCAUGCUCUGAAGUGCAGUUUCUGCUCCUAUAGCUCUGACUUUCCCCGAGCCAUUACCAACCACGAGAGGGUGCACAUGAGAUAUGCAGCAGAGAUGGACAACAUGGCUAUACAGCCCCACUCCGGAGAAGGCCUGACCUGUGAUGACUGUCCGUUCCGUAGCCUUACUCUUAGUGGCCUUAUGAAGCAUAAGACGCAUCACACAGCAAACCUGGCAUUUAAGUGCAAAUCCUGCACAUACACUGCCUCCUCCCCACGAAUCAUCUCCUACCACCAAAAAGUGCACCUGGAGAAGGUGGAAAAGCCAUUUGAAUGCGACAUGUGCCCCUUCAAGUCGGCCUUCUCCAAGUGUCUUUUGAAGCACAUGCAGCAUCACAGUGCCAAGCUUCCCCUGAAGUGCAGAUACUGUACCUACACCUCAUCCUGCAACAGGGCCAUUACUCUACAUGAGAAAGUCCAUGACCUAGGCCCAGACAAGGCUCUACCCUCUAGUAGUCUUGGCAACAGGCUGUGUGGGAUUUGUGGGUAUAUUGCCUGCAGCCGAGCAAGGCUGGUUAAGCACAUCCGGAAGCAUACAGGUGAGAAACCUUUCAAGUGUGCCCACUGCCCAUUCAAGACAAGUCUGGAGGAUACCUUAGCCAAACACAACAAGCAUCAUGAGAGUAAUGGUGCAGUCAAGUGCAGAUACUGUAGCUAUAGUUCCGAUGUGACCAGGGUGGUCACAAACCAUGAAAAACUGCACGAAGAGGGGACUGACGGCACUCAACAGUCUGCUACUCUGCCUAGUGGAAGCAAGAUGAACUCCAGCGUCUCUAGUAGUGAAGAAACAAUGAAGAAAGCCAAGCCAGAAAACAUGUACUCAUGUCAGAUGGACUAUAAAUGUGAACUGUGUAGUUACACUGCUCACUGCAAGAAGCGCAUGGAUGAACACAUGUGUACCCACACAGGCUUCAAGCCAUAUGGCUGUGACAUGUGCCCAUACAGAACGCCUUUGAGGGAAACUCUCAUGAGGCACAAAAAGCACCACACUGGGAAUUUUGCCUUCAAGUGUAGUUUCUGUUCAUACUCGGCUAAACGGGACUUUCAUGUCAAAGAACACGAGAAAGUCCACACCAUGAAGCAGCCUCAGUACAAGAUAAUAACGACACCUACGGGUAACCACACUCAUCUAGCUGAGCCUCUGGUUGUGAAGAAACGUUACGAGUGUCAGAUUUGUGAUUACACAUCAGAAGACAAAAGCAGGCUAGUGAAGCAUCAGAGAACCCACACCGGGGAGAAGCCUUAUUCAUGUAGGUUUUGCCCCUAUAAAACAGCAUUAAAUGAAAGCCUGUGGAAACACAUGAAACACCAUAAAAUUAAAGCCCCAAUGCAGUGUCAGAAGUGUAGCUACUCAACUACCACAAUGCAGUCAUUGUUGCUUCACAACAAGCUACAUGGAGAAACAGAUGAUAUCAUAGUAGAGGCCAAACCAAAGGUUAACCAAGCUGGUUCAGAUGAUGGACUAAAACCCAAGGCCACAGACUUCCAGUGCAACAUGUGUGGCUACAUGGCUCUUGAUAGGAGUAAACUCAUCAAGCAUCUUCAGUCACAUUCCUUAGAAAAGGCCUUCUCCUGCCCAUCGUGUCCCUACAGGUCUUCCUCAAAGGAGAAUGUGAAGAGGCACCAGAAGCACCACAGGAGUAAGUUCCCAUUCCGCUGUCAGUUCUGCUCCUACAGCGCAAACAACAGCUCGGUGGUGAGAACACACGAGAAGCUUCACCAGGGGCAGUCAUAUCCUUGCCACAAAAAAAUGCCAUCAAUCCACUUCCAGUGCUUGACAUGUGGGCUUCCACACGCAAGCCAGACAGACCUGGAUGACCACAGGAGGGAAAAUCACCCGUCUGAAAAAUGUUUCCAGUGUCCAGAGUGUCCCUUUGUCAGCCAGUGGGAAAAGGCACUAAAGAAGCAUCGGUACAGUCACAUUGCCAACUUCCCCAACAAGUGUAGGUUGUGCUCCUUUACCUCCCCUAAAAAGUAUGUUAUCAGGGCCCAUGAGCAGACCCACAAGAAUGCCCCACAUCUGAUGGAAGAACAGAAGAUUGAGAAGCUGACUGACAGAGAAUGUCGGAAGAUCUAUACUUGUAACUUGUGUCCAUUCAGAGCCAGGCAGCAGAGGGAGUAUGAGAACCACAUGUCUGGUCACAAUGCUGCACAUCCCUUCCAGUGUCCACAGUGUAGCUUCUCUGCUAAGGAAAACAGGGGUCUGUCCAGCCAUCUGCGGGUGCAUGACAGGCAGAAACAGCGCAUCCUGAGAUGUAGCACUUGUGGCUUUUCAACUGCCAUAGCCAGCCUGAUGAAGCUACAUGAAGUCAAGCAUAAGAUCCACCCCAAAGACGGAAGGGUGGGAAACUCCCUUCGAACGACAGACAAGCAGAGGAGGCUUCACUAUUGCGGGCAUUGCAGUUUCAGCACGCAUCACCACAGGGCGUACAAGAUCCAUCUUAUGCACCACGGAGCCAAACUGCCCUUCAAGUGCACCCACUGCACUUUUGCAUGUCAACUCCGACGCCAUCUCACCAGACACAUCAACAACCAGCACAGGAACAAUGAAGAGGACAUGACACUUGAGCAGCAGAAUGGACCAAAGUACAAGGCUCCUGACAAAGUACAGAUGACAAAGGCAGACAGGUUGUACCAACACUAUGUGGAACCUUCCAGUGUGCCGUUCAAGUGUCCAAGCUGCAAGUUCACCACUAAGAAGAAGUACCUGUGGUUAAUCCACAAGGGAAGACAUUCAGAAGAUAAGAUUUUCCGCUGUGAUGAGUGUGACUUCACCACUAAGUGUGCAGGAUCAGUUCUACCUCAUAUUCAGUGGAAGCAUAUGGGCCAGUGGCCACGUUACCUUCAGUGUAAGGAGUGCCCAUACGAGACUUCUGACACCAGGUGCCUGAAUAAUCACAUGAAACACCACACAGAGAACUAUGCUAUAAAAUGUACCAAGUGCUCAUACUCCACUGACCUCCAGCACCUUUUGGAGAAGCACCUUAAAGUCCACAGUGCCAAGCACAGAUCCAAAGUACCUCGUGCAAGUCAGCGUGGGUUUACAAGUCAUGCCGAGUCACUCCCACAGUCAGAACUGUAUGUGGAGGAAGAAUCCAUGGACUCCAAAAGUUCCGAUCCCACCACAGAUGAUGUGGCAGUCAGCGGCCGUCCCCAGAAAAUCGCUCCACGACAGUGCAACUUCUGCGGUCGUAGGUUCUUCCGGAAGGCGGAAUGGAAGCGCCACACAAAGCGGCACAAACAGGCUCCGAGUGGUCCGCAGGCGCAUGUGGUUGCCCAUGGUGACCCUGUGACAGGCAUGCUGGUCUACACAUUUGUGUGCUGGUUCUGUGGGAGGAGGUUUAAUGGACAGGAGGAAUGGUACAGGCACAUGCAGCAUCACAGGUUCUGAAGAUACUGCUGACAUGCCGAUUAGUUUGACCCACUGCCUUACCCUGUAGCCGAUACAAAUAAGGUGCCAAAAGGUUACCUUAGGAGGAAGAAGGUGAACUUGCUGCUUUCGUCAUAUAAACUUUAGUACAUAUACAUAGAUUUCUACAUUCUUUUAGCUUCAUGUAUUGUUUGUGACUUGUCAGGUAUGACUGUGCCAUUUGUACUGUGGUCCCCAAUGGUUUUCUAGUUAUUUCAGAAAAACAGGUCAUUGUCAAGAGAAAUAUACUAGUACAGUGUUUGUGCAACUUUGAGAAACUGUGCAACAAAGGAUGUUGUAGUCUGAGAAACCAUGGCAGACAUUCUGAUUGAUUUAGAUACCCAUUCUGUCAAGAUAAUGAUGGGUUACACAAUAUUUAAUCUUAACCUCUCUAACUUACCAGUGAACAAGGACCUUUUUUCUUUAGAAGGCUAACUUUGUUUUAAUGAGUCACUCCCUUUAUAUGUUGUCAGUUAUUUUUGUGGUAUGAAAUGAACAAGUAUAAAUAUUGAAAGUGGACUACUUUAUCUGCUGAAGAGGGAUGUCUCCAGGUUUUGACAUCGCUUGCUGCAAUCCCUACACACAGUGGGAGAAGAAGAAUUGUGACAGGCCAUGUAGUAGUCAUAUGAGGUCAGAUGAUAGUGUUCGAAUUGUAGCAGUUUUUUGUGUUAUCUACUCUAAUUAAUGAAAUGUUUUCAGAUUUUGUUUUGUCAGAUGAAGAAAGUUGAUAAGGGUACUUGAGAUUCUAAAUGGCACUCUUGACCUUUCAGGGUAAGGAUCUCGAAUGACAAGAUGCAAUUUACACCACUAUAACGUUCCCUUGUGUAGAUAUGACUCACACGUAUUGCUGUUAGGUACCCAGGGUUGAUCUGAGAAUAUUUGUAUAUUGUGGCAAUUUAUAGAUGAUGUGUAAUUAGUAGUGAAGAUUCAAAAAAGGAUACAAACUUGUCAUCAUAGAUCUGUCUUUAUCCAAAUUUAGUGUCACAUUUAUAUGUUGCAGCUUUUGUAUAGAAGUGAGAUGUUCAGGCCCAUGUUUGCACACACCCAGACAGAAACAAUUUUGUGUUUUACAAACAAACUUCUACAGCAAUGGAAUAACUGUUGUGUCCAAUCAAUAUUGUUCCCCAACUUCUUUAAAGCACUGUGUUUUUAUUGACAGUGAUGUCACAAUAGGGUUUUCUAAGCAUAACGUCUGAUAGAAUUGAAUGCCACUGGAGACCUUUAGUUAUGACGCUUUGAAAGAAAUUUCCCCCCAUUUUGUGUAAUUCUUUGUACAUGCUUUUUGAUGUUUCCUUGUUGAAAAAGAACUGUGAAUUAAGAAAUUUUAGAAGAAAUAAAUUUGUUUCAUUUCUGUAUGUCACUUUUUAUUUGAUUUGCCCCAUUGAUGUGACACAAACUCAAAUCCCAGGUUAAAAAAAAAACUGUUCUUAAGCCCAAUCCAGAUAGCAAUCCCUGUUACAGUCAGAAUUGUUGAACGUUUUAGCAAAGGUCCCGAAGUAAUGAACAUAAGGUACACCUGUAUCUACUUUGUAUCACUACAUAGCUCACGUGUCAAAUGCGGAAAAGUACUAACAUUAGUUACUACUAGUAUGAACGCUUACAUUGUGUCCUGGAAGGGCACCUGAGAAUCCCAGGAAUAUUUUUGUGAAAGUGAAAAGACACCCUUUUGUGCCAUAUUGAUUUUAGAAUUUCCUGCAGUAGUUUACAGAAGUGUAUUGCUUUAUUGCAAAAUUGAUUUAUUCAGACUUAGCCAUCUUGUGUAUAAAAUAGCGUUAGCUAUUAACAGAUGUUAUAGCAUUCUCAGGAGUCAUGAUUUUGAACCUGACCAAAUAAAAUGUCACUAAAAACACUUUGGAAGAA